AUGGCGAACCAAACGCAGAACAGAAAGCAGAAUCAGAAGCAGAACAGAAACGCCGGCGGCGCCCCGCCGGCACCGAACGCCGUUGUUCAAGACGGAGAAGAGUUCAGGCUCCGGGAGACGGCGCCGCUGCUCGGCGGCGGCGGGAAUGAGAGGCAGGCGACGGCGUUUGACCUGGUGGAGCAAAUGCAGUUUCUGUACGUGAGAGUGGUGAAGGCGAAGGAGUUGCCGGCAAACGAUCAUUCCCCUCACCCUUUUGUGGAAGUGAGGAUUGGGAACUUCAGGGAGCUCACUCGCCAUUAUAAGAACAAUCCCAAUCCUGAGUGGAACCAGGUUUUCACUGUUCUUAAAGACCAGAUUCAGACCACAGUGGUCGAGAUUUCCGUGAGAGAUAAAGAAAUCAGCGAGGGAGAUGAUGUUAUAGGAAUGGCGGCGGCGUUUGAUGUCUCCGAGGUUCCGACCAGGGUCCCACCAGACAGCCCCCUGGCGCCGCAAUGGUACAGGCUCGAGAGCAAGACAGGGGAAAAGGUGAAAGGGGAGUUAAUGUUGGCUGUUUGGAUAGGAACUCAAGCAGAUGAGGCGUUUCCAGAAGCAUGGCACAUGGAUGCCACUAUAGUGAGUGCUGAAAAUGUUGCUAAUAUAAAGUCCAAAGUUUACUUAUCUCCCAGGCUAUGGUACCUUCGAGUUAAUGUGAUUGAGGCACAGGAAUUACAGCCAGGAGACAAGAACAGGCACCAUCCCGACGUUUUCGUGAGAGCUUGGUUGGGGGGUGUGGCCUUAAGGACUAAAAUUUCUCUCACCAAGAACACAUCCCCAUCCUGGAAUGAGGAUUUGAUGUUCGUGGUGGCCGAGCCCUUCGAGGAAGAUUUGAUUUUGACAGUGGAAGAUAAAGUGGCAGCAAACAAGGAUGAAGUUCUGGGGAAAUGUGUGGUGUCUUUACAGACUGUGGAGAAAAUGGUGGAUUUUAAGGUUCCAGUUAGCAGGUGGUAUGGUUUGGAGAAGAAUGAAGUGGGGGAGAAUGGGGAGAUCAAUGUGGUCGGUUUACCCGGGAGGGUUCAUUUAAGGUUGUCUUUUGAUGGCGGGUACCAUGUUCUUGAUGAGCUGACACAGUACAGCAGUGAUUUCAAGGCCACUGCCAGACAGCUCUCCAAGCCUCCCAUUGGAGUUCUUGAAUUAGGGAUCUUGAGUGCCCAGGAUUUGACCUCCAUGAAGAACAGGGAUGGCCAUGGAACCACAGACGCCUACUGCGUGGCGAAAUAUGGGCAGAAAUGGAUCCGAACGAGGACAAUCCUAACCAGUUUUAACCCGAAAUGGAACGAGCAGUAUACCUGGGAAGUCUUUGAUCCUUGCACUGUUAUCACAAUCGGGGUUUUCGAUAACCAACACCUUCAGGGUCCAGGCAAGGGUGGAGGAGGAUCAAUGGAUCAGAAAAUUGGGAAAGUUAGAAUCAGGUUGUCGACCCUUGAGACUGAUAGAGUUUACACCCAUUCUUAUCCCCUCAUAGUUCUAUCCCCUUCUGGGGUAAAGAAAAUGGGGGAAAUCCAGCUUGCUGUGAGAUUUUCGUGUGCUUCGUUAUACAACAUGCUUUCGGUUUACUCCAAACCUCUUUUACCAAUUCUGCAUUACCUUCAUCCCUUGACUAGUUACCAGGUGGAGAAUUUAAGGCAUCAGGCUACUCACAUUGUUUCUAUGAGGCUGAGCAGGGCUGAGCCGCCACUGAGAAAAGAGGUUGUGGAGUAUAUGCUCGAUGUGGGGUCGAACCUAUGGAGUGUGAGGAGAAGCAAGGCGAAUUAUCUCCGGAUUGGCUCGAUUCUGUCCACCAUAGCUUCGGUCUGCAUAUGUUUCAACCGUGUUUGCAGCUGGAGAAACCCUGUCAUUACAGUUUUGGUUCAUUUCUUGUUCUUGAUUUCUGUGUGUUUCCCGGAGUUCAUCUUGAGCUCGGUGUUCAUGUAUCUCUUCAUGUUCGGGGUUUACAAGUACAGGGCUCGGCCUAAGCACCCUCCCCACAUGAACAUUUCGUUGUCCCAGGCUGACAGGGUGCACCCUGAUGAACUCGAUGAGGAAUUUGAUACUUUCCCGACGUCUAAGCCCGGGGAUGCUGUUAAAAUGAGGUAUGACAGGCUGAGGAGCAUUGCCUCGAGGCUGCAGACGCUUGCUGGCGACAUGGCCACUCAAGGAGAGAGGGUUGGCAGCCUGCUAAGCUGGCGUGAUCCGAGAGCCACAGCUCUUUUCCUCAUUGUUUGUCUGUUUGCUUCUAUACUGUUCUACAUUGUCCCUUUCAAGGUUUUGUUCUUGGCUUGGGGUUUUUAUGCGAUGAGGCACCCGAGAUUCAGGGAGAAGCUUCCUUCUGCAGUUAUUAGCUUCUUCAGGAGACUGCCUGCAAAAUCAGACUCCUUGUUGUAGCUCUGAACUCCAUGUCAUGUUCUUGGAGGGAAUUAUAUUCUUUACAUUUAUAAACUAAGAUGGUUUUGUGAUGUUGUUGGA